AUGCUGGUGCUACUCAGCGGCGCACCACCUUUGCUGACGGUUACUGUGGAAGCCGUCAUCAUCGGCGGACUGAUAGCCAUUGAUCUGCUCGGUAUCGCUGCAGGCCUGGUAUUCGGCAUUCUGCUAAUCAUCUACCGGGCUGGGAUGGCCGCUGUCGACCGUGUCCGGUAUGGGAGAAGAAGCAAAUGCCGAUGUAACGGCCACUGGUUUGAUCCUGAAGCGGACGAUCUGAGACGGGCCAUAGGUGAUCCCGGUCAGCUUGAUCAUAUUUGCUUCGAAUGCGGGGAAGAAUACUAUUACGGUGCAACCGUAGAUGACAUUGAAGUAGCGGAGGCAGACGGCAGCAAUCCCACUGACAGCGUUGAGGGCUCACAGUUAUCCAUCACAGAUAAUACGCUAGCGAAUCUUCCCGCGUCAGAGGAAAAAACUGAUGAACAGCAAAUUAGCCGCACUGGUCAGCAGGCGGCGCUGAUGGAAUUUGUAUUGGUAGAUAUGAAAGCUGCACGUACAGCGAUUGAUUGUGCCAGGAAAAGCGCCUGCCGGCCGUUCUGCGUGUGCUCAUUGUGGGCGUCUCUCCAGUGCGCCGGCAUUAUCAUUUUACGACAGUUUCUAUGCUGGCAGAGUAUGCCCUUCACCGUGGUGGCAUUCUUUCUGCCGGAACGCGUUCAGCUACCUGGUGUGCUGCUACUGCUAACGGUGUACAUGCUGUGGAGGUACUGGGAGUUCAUCAGCUUAGUACGGCGGAAUUUGAAAGAGGAGAAAGCUGACGAAGCCGCGGAAAAACGUGCAAGCAAUGAGAAGAGCGAAUACAAAACGAAAAGCGAAAACGAGAAUCUGACGCUGAACUCGCGGGAUUCCGCAUCAUUUUGAAGCUCGCUUGCCCCGUUGGCCCACAGGUCCCGGCGUAAAGAGCGAUUUCAGCGGAAUAUAGUCUCAUUUUCUCAUUACGAUGUAUUUCCGCCUCUGUCCUGAAACCUGUUUGC